GGACCCUGGGAAUACGUUUCCUGACACAGCAAAGGGACAGUGCCUAUGUGACUACAGGUGGCCCUGCUGGAUCGCAGGAGUCCUUACAAGAGAGGAACCAUUCCCGGAUGCGGUCAGAGGGAGAGGUGACGCUGGAGUGACGGGAUAAAGAGCCCAGCGGCUCAGAGGCCACUCACAGGAGCCUGUGGGGCCGGGAGCUAUAAGGCAGUGGCUGCGUGGUGAUGAACCGAAUCAAAAUGAGUUGCUGGGAAACGAAGAAGAAAUCCAGGCUGAAAGAGGAAGUAGCCAGUGAGAGCCUGCAAAUGCUGGCUGGGGAGACCCAAGAGCACACGAGAGGAGAGCGCAAAGGCAGAGGCUGGGAGCUGCCGACGCCAUUUCACAGGGGAAAAAAACCUGUGAAGCACUUUCAGCUGCAAGAAACCUCCAGAGGCUUCCAACAGCUGGUCCAGGAGGGGCAGUUCCGGGAAGCCUGCCUGAGCAUCUUGGAGUCGGCCCAGCAUAAGGAGGACUGCGGCCCGCAGUAUGAGCUUGUAGCCCAGAACAUGUGGCAGGUUGUCCAGCAGGCCCUGGGGGACAUCGGGCACAGUCAGGAGCUGGAGCCGAAGCUCCAGGCAGUGAUGGCCGCCGUGGAGUGGGCCAGGGAGGAUGAGAGCCAGGAGGCUGCUGUCCUCAGGGACAGUGGAGUCACUUCCUGGGGCAGGCAGCUGGAGGGGCUCCUGAGACGCGACGCUGAAGCCCGAGUGCCCACCCUGGGCCCUCAGGACAAGCUGGGCCCAUACUUGGAGAAGUUGGACAAGGCCACGGCACAGGGCCUGGGGUCCCAGAGGGCAGGCCAGCUGGGCACCCACUUCUGGGCCACCUACAGGACGUGCUUCCAGAAUGUCCUCCUCAGCCGUCUCUCUCAGCUGGCAAGCUCCCCCAAUUGCUGCUGUGAAAGCUGUUGUAAGCUGUACACCUGGGGCAAGGUCACCCUGUUUGGGCAGCUGGGCAGGGAGAUGCCUCUAAAUGGACCAUCUACCUCUCAGACACCCAGAGCAGGGAACCUGUUGGACCCAGUGGUCUUUGUUAACUGGAUGUCGCAAAUUCAGGAGAAGCUGGUGGGGCUCAUCCAGGAAAAGUUGGAAAGAGGACUAAAAAAUAUCCUGAGCCAUGAUCAGAAAAAGGGGGCCCACAGUCCUAGCCCAGUGUUCCUUGACAUCUUCCAGCUGUUGAAAGAAACCAUGAAUUCAGUCCAACACAUUGGAUCGCCCAUCACUGGCAGGGUUCAAGCCAUGGUUCUGGAAACAUUUUCAAAGUUUCUGGAAAAGUACCAGGCUGAGGCUGAGGUCAUCCUCCAGCAGAACAAGGACACCAAUACCUUCCCCCAGAUGCACGUGCUGGGAAACUGCUCCAUCCUCAGGGAAACGUGGGAGCGGCUGAGCAGGGUGCAUGACACGCCGGCGGACCCGGGCACACACAUGCAAAGCGUCAUCAGGGCCAUCGAAGAACACAGCCAGGACCACCUCUGGCUUCAAGUCAGAGCCCUGUGCCAGAAUGUGCUGAGGGGUCACUUCGGGGGGAAGGACGAGGAUCUGGCCAGAGCUCUGCAGUCCCUGUGGCGGGGCCUUGAGGGCUGCCACCAAAUACUCUCCACCUCCACGCACCAGAGCCUUGUGAAAAGUCUGCACGCGGCGAUCUUUGGGGAGUAUGUUCAGGCCCUCUCUGCCCACCUCAGGAUGCUGGCACCCAGGAUGUGGGGGGACCUCAGAGCUCAGGUGGAGAUGGACACCUGCAAGCUGGGCAACAUCCUCAGGGAACACGGGGGCUCUGACCUGGAUGACCUGCGGGAGCCCAUCAUGGAGAUCUUCCAGCUCCAGGAGGACCGUGCUGAAGAGGCGCUGGCUGGCUGGCUGGCCUCCUUCAGUGACCGGUUCCCUGAUUAUAUGAGCAGCCCUAGCAUGCAGGACCAGCCAUGCAGCUCCAUGGACUUGGAGGACAUUGAAGUCAAGAGAAGCUGCUGGUGCUGCUGCUGUUUGCCCUGGCUCUUGACAAUGACCAGAGGUUCAAGGCUCCAGGCCACUCCUCCAAGACAUGGCGGUCAGAUAUAGAAACUUCUGGAAGGAGAUGCCUGACGAGCCACCCAUGACUGCAGCAGCCCCUGAGCCACUGAACCUCUAGGGAAUGGACUUGGGGCACAGGCUCCCAGGAGCCCCUGCUAUGAUCUCUGCAGAUACAGUGGACUGAGCACAGCUCCCUGCGUCUUCAUCCAGAAAUAAACUGCUGUACUCAAGGACACUUAAUUAGCUGAGACUAAAUGACCCAAUGGCUUCAGCUGCAUUUGUCCUGUUUGUGGUGAGCUUGUGACAAGCCUUUUUCUUAAAGUCUAAUAUUUGGCUCAACAGGUCCUACUUGAGAAGCUGGCAUAAAACACCUCCAAAUGGCUUCAUGUUCCAAGUGUCACUGUUUGUCCAUUUCAUCUAGGCUAUCCUAUUUGUUUGCACAUAAUUGUUCCUACUUCUCCAAAUAAUCCUUAUUUCUGUAGAAUGAAGUGAUUCGCUAACGACAUGUGCAAGUAACAAAAUGGAGAUUCUUUCCCUCAGCCUUCCAAAUCGGAGCUCAUAUCUACCCUGUUGAUUGAUAGGCUUACCCUGGAUUCCAGUUACUAUGUGCAUUGCAUAUAAGUUUCCAUUCUUUGCUCCAAACCUUUACAUUUUAACUUUAUGUCUGGUAAUGGCAGUAGUCUGACUUUUUAAAAAUAUAAUCUGACAAACUUUAUUUUAUAAAUUGAGAAUUUAUUCCAUUUAUAUUGAUGUAAUUAAAUUAUAGUUGGGUUUAAAUAUAACAUCUUAUAUCCUG